AUGGCGCCGAAGCAGGCCACACUGGGCAAGUUCUUCGGGGCGAAGGGCUCUAAGCCUGAGCCACAGCAGAGCAAGCUGAGCUUUGCCACCAAAGCAGCUCCAAAGAAGGAGGCCAAGGAGGAGGCCACCACCGUUGAUGAUGCGAGGGACAAGAAGGGUGCAUCUAAGGCGAGGAAACGUACCCGAAGCCCGAGUCCCACAGUCAAGCCGUCGAGCCCUGAAGUUAAGAACGAAGACGUUGAAGAGGAAGACGAUGCGCCUGUCUCUAAGAGGCCACGAAGGGGCCGUCAGCGUGUUGUAGACGAGGAGGACGAAGAUGACGUGAUGGACGAGGCUCCAGCCAAGUCACCUAAAUCUACAAAAGCACAGAACAACGGCCCAAAGAAGGUAGAGAAGAAAGCGGCGGACGCCAAGUCCACAAAGUCAACGGCUACGGCGCCUGCGAAAAAGUCCAAGUCUCCUUCUCCAGCGGUCGCUACCAAGGAUGAAGAUGAGGAGUCAACAGCUUCCGCCUCUGAGGCCGAAGAGAUUGAGGACGAAGAGGAGGAAGUCAAGUCCAAGACGGCUAAGAAAACCCUGGAGAAGGUCCAGAUGAAGCUCAAGACAGCGACCAAGGACCCUUAUCCCGACUGGAAGCCAGGAGAACCGGUUCCCUACGCGGCGCUCUGCAAGACCUUCUCUCUCAUUGAGAUGACAACCAAGCGGCUUGAGAUUAUGGCUCAUUGCUCGCUCUUUCUCCGCCAAGUCAUGCGUCUGACGCCCGAUGAUCUCCUACCCACUGUUCUUCUCAUGAUCAACAAGCUGGCCCCUGACUAUGCUGGUAUAGAGCUUGGCAUCGGCGAGUCGCUCAUCAUGAAGGCCAUUGGUGAGACUACAGGACGCAGUCUUGCUAUCAUCAAGCAAGAUCAAAAGGAGAUUGGAGAUCUUGGCCUCGUCGCGGUCAAGAGUAGAUCAACUCAGCCAACCAUGUUCAAGCCUAAGGCUCUGACGAUCAGGGGAGUUCACAAGGGCUUGAUGGGCAUCGCCACAGUUUCUGGCAACGGAGCUCAAGGCCACAAGGUGGAUUCGAUCAAGAAGCUGCUGUCGGCAGCUGACGCCCAUAACAUCGGAAAGGUGGACAUCACUAAAGACAAGGGAGGCCCCAGCGAAGCCAAGUAUCUCGUUCGCUUCCUCGAGGGCAAGCUCCGUCUGGGUCUGGCAGAGAAGACAGUCUUGGUCUCACUGGCCCAAGCCGUAACGUACCACGAAGCAGACGCCAAAGGCCAGUCCCCAAAGACAACAGACGUCGAGCAAGCGGAGGCUGUCCUCAAGCAAGUCUACAGCGAGCUUCCCAGCUACGAUGUCAUCAUCCCAGCAAUGGUGGAGCAUGGCAUCAUGAAUCUCCGCGAGCAUUGCAAGCUUAAGCCUGGCGUGCCCCUGAAGCCCAUGUUGGCGAAACCAACAAAGGCAAUUACCGAGGUACUUGAUCGCUUUGAGAACCAAACGUUUACUUGCGAAUACAAGUACGACGGUGAAAGAGCGCAGAUACACUAUGUGGCGAAGAAUGCGGAUGAGGAACUUAGUCAGUCCUUGCCGGGAGCUACGCAAGCUGCGGCAGACGGUGUCGCUUCGAUCUUCUCGAGGAACUCCGAGGAUCUUUCCAAAAAGUACCCGGAUAUCCUGGCAAAGCUACACACCUGGGUCAAGCCCGACACCAAAAGCUUCGUCCUGGACUGCGAGACUGUUGCUUGGGAUGUUGACGAGAAGAAGGUUCUUCCUUUCCAACAACUAAUGACCCGCAAGAAAAAAGAUGUCAAGAUCGAGGACGUCAAGGUCAAGGUUUGUGUGUUUGCUUUCGACUUGCUCUAUCUCAAUGGCGAAGCUAUCGUUGAGAAGCCCCUUCGCGAGCGCCGUGAGCUUCUCGAGAACGCCUUUGCGCCAGUCGAGGGUGAGUUUGCUUUAGCAACACACAUGAACGGACAAGAGCUCGAGCAAAUCCAAGAGUUCCUUGACGAGAGUGUCAAGGCGUCCUGUGAAGGUCUCAUGGUCAAGAUGUUGGACGGUUCGGAGAGUGGGUACGAGCCCAGCAAGAGAAGUCGCAAUUGGCUCAAGAUCAAGAAGGAUUACCUCAGCGGCAUCGGCGACUCGCUCGAUCUCGUUGUGUUGGGCGCGUAUCACGGAAAGGGCAAGCGCACGUCGGUCUACGGCGCGUUCCUCCUCGCGUGCUACAACCCAUCGUCCGAUUCGUAUGAAACCGUGUGCAACAUCGGCACGGGAUUCUCCGAAGCGGUCCUCGAGGAGCUGCACAAGCAGCUCUCAGACAUUGUCAUUGACCGGCCGAAGCCAUUCUACGCGCACUCCUCGGGCGGACAGCACCAGCCCGACGUCUGGUUCGAGCCUCGUUACGUCUGGGAGGUCAAGACGGCCGACUUGACGCUCAGCCCGCGCUAUAAGGCCGGGUGCAAGGAAGGCGUGGACCCGGCCGGCGAGAAGGGCAUCUCACUGCGUUUCCCGCGAUUCAUCAAGGUGCGCGACGACAAGAAGCCUGACGAGGCUACCUCCAGUCGCCAGGUGGCCGAGAUGUACCGCAAGCAGGAGAGCGUCACUAAGAGCAAGGGGCCUGCUGUGGAUGACGAUUUCGAGUAUUAA